CUCUCUCUCUCUUUCCCUCUUUCUUUCCUUCUUCAACUCGCAUUGUCAGGUAAUUGUUUUUUUUCGUUAAUUGUGUUCUAAUUUUAUUUAAUCAGUGGGCAAUACAAGUGAUCACCAUCCGGACUUCUAUCAACAUUCCUUCUAUUCAAUUUCAUCAAUAAUUUAAUCUCUUUAUUCUUGUUACUUAUAAUAAAUUCAUCAUCGACCAACUUCUUGGGUCACUCAGCCACUAUUGUUGAAACCCUCAUCAUUAACACUUUUACAAUUCCAAGAAAAACACUGGCCAUAAUUUAAUAUUUUUUGUGUUUUUUUUCUAUUUAAAAUGUUCACUUUGUCACUAUUUUUGUGCUUUUCUCUUUUGACUCAAGUGACGUUGGGUCAAGUUGAAAACAUUUAUGGAUGGGCGCAAAAAUCUGGUAAAUAUUCAGAAUGGAUUAAACAAGUUGAUAAAUCUGAUGCGAAUUACAAGCCAUUUGUUCAGAAUACAGCUUUUGGAGUGACUGCUUUUAUACCCACAAACGAUGCUUUCGGGAAAUUUUCUGAGCCAUCUAAUGACAUCAUUAGUUCCCACUUGGUUUUUGGUUCAUUUGACGCAGAUACCCUGUUAAAGAUAAGAAACAAGGAUACUUUGGACUCCACACGAUCUAGGCUGAGAUUCAGUAGCGGCUUCGACAGAAUGACCAACCGAAGCGCCAUUUUCGUUUUAGAUGCACGAAUUCUUGAAAGUCACAAAGUUGGUAACUCAAUGGUUCACAUUAUUGACCGUGUUUUGAAUCUCCCUAAAUCUAGAGAUCCGGUUGCUCCUAAUGCUUUAGAAUGGAUCAAAAAUCGCAACAUCUACCCUUCUGUAUCUGUUAGAGGUGGUGUGGAUAGUUUCGCAGAUUUUAUUGAGAGGAAAAAUGUUACUUUCCAAUUCUCAAAUUGUGCUGAAUGUACCUUUUUCGUACCAGAGAAUAUUGAUAGCAAAACGGCAGCAAAAAUAGAUGCGAAUGUUUUGCUCGGUCACGUUAUUCCAAAUCAAAUACUUUUCCUAAGAUCUAUGAAUAAUUCAACUCCCUACAAAACUAAAGCUGAUUCAAGUAACUUAACUGUCGAGCUUUACAAGGAAGAAAGAUCUGAUUCCGGCUCAAUGAAAUCAUUCAUCUAUUCCAAUACCAAGGGAUCCAUCAGCACUCAUUUGGGUAACACUAGAGUUAAAAUUACACGAGCAAAUAUUCCUGUCAACAAUGGAGUGAUCCAUAUCAUCGAAAAGCCAUUGGUCAUCACUGAUAUGUCUAUUUUGGAUUACCUUAAUGAAGAAAGUGGAACAUCUCUAUCAAAGUUUUAUACUUUAUUGCAAGAUUUCCCUAGCCUCAGGCCUGUCUAUUCUCGUGGAGAAAGCAACACAAAAUUGACCUUGUUUGCCUUUACCAAUGAAGCCUAUGAAUCAGUAAAGAAUGAUAUUGCUGUGAUUUCCAAAAACAGGACUGCUAUGGAAGAUCUUAUGAAAUUACAUUUUGCUGACCACAAAACGAUCAACUCUCAAAAUGCUGGCAUGAUUAAGGAAGCUCCUUCUCUUGCACCCUCCAAAAAGUUACACUUUUCUGUUGACCGAGAUAGACUUUAUGUUGAAGGUGAUGGAGUUAAGGCUGCUACAGUUUUACAAGACAUUUCAUGUACCAAUGGUGUGAUCCAUGUCAUUAAUAAGGUUCUCGGUAUUCCAAGUUCGCCCAUUAAAGAUAAACUCCGAGAGGAUCCACAACUUAAAACCACCUUCACUGUUGCUGAGAAAAUGCGAUCUGAUUGGCUGGCUAGAUUAGGUGACAAAUCUAAAAAUUUCACCUUUUUUGCUCCUUCCGAAGCUGCCUGGAAAAAACUUCAUGAUGAAGAUCCAUCUUCCUACAAGCAAUUAGUUGAUGGAUUGUAUGCAGAUAAUGCUAUGAAUAUAUUAAAUCGACAUUUGGUUGAAAGACAGGCCAUCUCUUUGGAAAACUUGAGCACAAUGAAAUCUGUGCAAACAGUCAACUCACAACUUAUGAUUGAAACUAAAGCUUCACCAUCAGGACAAACACAAGUAGUCCUUAAAUUCAUGCAACUAAAGAGUACCAUUGUUCGCCCAGACAUCAAAGCAAUAAAUGGAUACAUCCACGAGAUCGACACAAUUCUGAUGCAAGAUGUAGAUCUAACAGUUCAAGCUUCAGCAGUUAGGGGCUCUUCAUCCAUUUCCCGGAUCAGUCCAGCCAUAAUAAUAUUCUCAAUUGCAGCUUAUAUUCUCAAAUUAUUCUAGACCCUUUUAAAUUUAGCAUAAUUUUAAAGACGAACUUAAUUGAUCAAGGGUUUUCAAACGACCAAAAGUUUUGUAACUUUGGGUUCUGUAAUAAAUAACUCUAAUGAAGACGCUUGGGCAAUUUUGUGAGAUCCUGUAAAACUGUUUUCAUUAUAAAAAAACAAAGACUAAAAGUUAACAAACUAACAUCUACACAACAAGAAAAGUGAAAUGCGAAAGCUUGUGCCGAUCGAAGCACUGUCAUAAUUGUCAUAAAGCAUCAGCAAAGUCAUUACCACGAAGGGAUUUUCUCAAACACAUCUCAUCUUUUGCCACCUCAAUCACAUCUCUUUUUUAUUAAAUCUCUUUUUUUGCUAAUUCAUAAACACUUUUUUUGGUGACAAAAAGUUUAAUCGGACGACUGAAAACCCCUCCCAACCAACAAAACAACCAACAAUUGGGCGCAAACCAGUCAAAUUAUUCUGAACCUUGGCUGUUGCUCGUUCAAAAAUAAAGUUUCGUUUAAACGAUGUUAUAAAAUAAAAAAAAGUUAAGUGCGAGGAGUAUUAUGUAAAUAUAUUCUGUAAUUCGCUUUUCAUUCAGUGAGAAAUACAAUUAUAAACUUAAACAGAAUUUUGUAUUAA